CAUUCCGCCUCCCAGGAUAAAACCUAGGGCGGCUUGCAGGGAACCCAAACAUUCCUGUCGGCAGCGGCCAUGGUGGUUCUCACAACGCUCCCCACCCUGGGGGGGAGCUGCCUCUGGAUCGUAACCUCCCUGCUGCUUCUGGCAGCUCCAGCCACCCUAGCUGCUGCCAGGACGGCUGGCCCCCCAGCCUGUGGGAAGCCCCAGCAGCUGAACCGGAUCGUGGGUGGUGAGGACAGCACUGAUGCCGAGUGGCCCUGGGUCGUGAGCAUCCGGAAGAACGGCACCCACCACUGCGCAGGCUCCCUGCUCACCAGCCACUGGGUGCUCACGGCCGCCCACUGCUUCAAGGGCAAUCUGAACAAGCCAGCCCAGUUCUCUGUGCUGCUGGGGGCCUGGCAGCUGGGGAACCCUGGCCCGAGGUCCCAGGAGGUGGGAAUUGCCUGGGUGCAGCCCCACCCCAAGUACUCCUGGAAGGAAGGCGCCCGUGCUGACAUCGCCUUGGUGCGCCUGGAGCACGCCAUCCAGUUCUCUGAACGCGUCCUGCCCAUCUGCCUGCCCGACUCCUCCGUCCAUCUCUCUCCAGACACCAACUGCUGGAUUGCUGGCUGGGGGAGUAUCCACGAUGGAGUGCCCCUGCGCCACCCUCAGACCCUCCAGAAGCUGAAGGUUCCCAUCAUCGACUCGUCAGUCUGCAGCCGCCUGUACUGGCGGGGCGCGGGGCAGGGUGCCAUCACCGAGGACAUGCUGUGUGCCGGCUACCUAGAGGGGGAGCGGGAUGCCUGUCUGGGUGACUCCGGAGGCCCCCUGAUGUGCCAGGUCACGGGCACCUGGCUGCUGGCGGGCGUCAUCAGCUGGGGCGAGGGCUGUGCGGAGCGCAACCGGCCCGGCGUCUACAUCAGCCUGGCCGCCCACCGCUCCUGGGUGCAGCGCAUCGUGCAAGGGGUGCAGCUCCGCGGGCACUCGCAGGCGAGCAGGCCCGCACGGCGCGGAGGCCGGGCUCUGAGGUUGCGGCGCCCCCGCAGGGCAGCCGCGGGCGGCGGGAAUUAGGGAUCUCGGGAGACCACCUGCGCUUUCCUUUGUUGUAAAUAAGCCGUCUACCUCUGGGGGGCGCCCGCGUGCCGGCGCCGGAUCGCCUCCGCGGGGAGGCCCCGCCCCGUCCCUAGGCUCAGGCCCCACCCCCGAGGCCCUGAGUGCCUGUGUAUAUACGUGUUAAUGGUUUUUACAGUUAUUUGUAACCCCGCCCACAUAUCUUAUUUAUUCCUCCAAUUUCAAUAAAUUAUUUAU